UUGAUGCUUUUUCUUCCUUACAAGGAUAAUCUAAUAACUCUUCUGUCUUGGGAUGUUUCAACCUUUUUAAUUUUUGUCAUGAGCUUACGUGCAGAUUCUGUCGGUUUAGUUAACUCGUUUCUCUAACGUUAUCAAUUGUUCCUUUGUCUGAAAGGAUACGUGUGCUGCUCAUUUUGUUUUUCUGGUAUCUACCAUUUUCAGUUUUUUUCUUUUUUUGGCUUCUUAAUUUUGAUAUUGCAGUGUUUCAAAGUAGUAAGCAACUCCAUCAAUCUUGCACCUUCUUUUAAUGUGUUCUUCUUAGGAAAAGUUGUCUAUAGUUUCUAUGUUAGUGUUCCUGAAAUACUUUAGACAAGUUCUAUAAAGAGAUUUCUGGAACUGGAACGUCAGAGAAAGAUUAGUUGGUGACUCAGCUUUGCCUUUUUAGCUUUGGUUGGUUAAACGAUGACUUGGUGGAGAGUUGAAAGAAACUGAAGAGAGAGAGAAGCGCCAAGCUGCGUGAGGUUGAAAUGAGUUGCCUCAGAUCCAGGGAACCAGAUUUUGUAAAAGAGAAUCAUGGAGGAGAUAUCUACAGAAAUUGCUGGUCCCUGUGCCGUUAGGCCAGGUGACGUGAUGUCUAAUGAUUCGAGAAUGAUGACACACAUGGACGUCACUGGGUGUAAGCUUAUUGCAGACAAGGCAAGUUUGUUGUCACUCCCUGAAAAUAAGCCAAAUCAACCUUGCGAGUUCAUUUGUGGUGGAAACCAAGGUUUCCAUGCUGCUAGAUCAUGCAGAGAAAGUAUAACAUCAUUAUCUGCACGUGAAGGUAACAGAGGAGAUAAUGGAGCCAUUUUGUCAAAUCAAAUAGAAACUGAGGAUAGUUGUAUUUCUAGAGAAUACAAUCAUCAGGGAAGUGAAGAAGAUGGAUCUAUAUCAUUCAGCGGUGAUCGUGCAAAUUCAUGUUCUCAAUCUGUAGCUAGUGAUGUCAGCAGCACAUGUGUUGAGGAGGUGUCAGCUUUAGAGGUUAAUUCUGAGAGAAAUUCAUCAACUACUCUGGUGGGGGAAAGAAAUACUAGUGAUGUUCAAGAUGUCAUUAGGGUCGCAGUGGAUCUUGUAGGGGAUGAUGGCAAUAGGUCUGAUGAGUCUGAUCCAAAAUCAUCUGAGUCAUUUCUUGAGGUGCCACAACAAAAGAAGAUAAGAAAAACCGAAAGCCAGUGUCUGUUGGAAUUAAAUAACAUACCCCUUUGGGGAUAUACAUCCAUGUGUGGCAGGAGACCAGAGAUGGAAGAUGCUGUUGUAGCUAUACCUCGAUUUUUACAAGUUCCAACUCAAGUGCUGAAGGUUGAUAGCAUAUCAAAUGGAAUGAAUUAUAAUCUAAGCGACUUAACUGCUCAUUUCUAUGGUGUGUAUGAUGGACAUGGAGGCUGUCAGGUUGCAAACUAUUGCCGUGAACGAAUGCGUUUGGCUUUGGCCGAGGAGAUAGAACUUGUGAAAGCAUGUAAGCUUGAUGGAAAUAUUGGGCACGAUUGGCAGGAACAAUGGAAGAAAGCAUUCUCCAAUUGUUUUAUCAAAGUCGAUGCUGAGAUUGGCGGAGUUCAUGGAGGCACAGAUGGGGAUAAGACUGAUCAUGAACCUAUUGCCCCUGAAACUGCCGGUUCUACUGCUGUUGUUGCAAUAAUUAGUUCAACCCAUAUAAUUGUUGCCAAUUGUGGCGAUUCAAGGGCAGUUCUCUACCAUGGAAAACUUCCCAUGCCAUUGUCUGUAGACCACAAACCUGAUAGAGAAGAUGAACGUGCAAGAAUAGAAGCUGCAGGAGGCAAGGUUAUACAAUGGAAAGGAUCCCGUGUUUUUGGUGUUCUUGCUAUGUCAAGGUCCAUUGGUGACAGAUACUUAAAACCAUGGAUUAUUCCAGAUCCAGAAGUGAUGUUUGUUCCUCGAGCAAAAGAAGAUGAGUGUCUUAUCUUAGCCAGUGAUGGCUUAUGGGAUGUUAUCACAAAUGAGGAAGCCUGCGAAGUUGCACGAAAGCAAAUCCUUCUUUGGCAUAAAAAACAUGGUGACAAAUUGUCUGCAGAAAGGGGUGAGGAAGUUGAUCCUGCUGCUCAAGCUGCAGCAGAGUACCUCUCAAGGCUUGCUCUUAGGAAAGGAAGCAAAGACAAUAUCACUGUCAUUGUGGUGGACCUAAAAGCUCAAAGAAAAUUUAAGAAGAAAACCUGACAGUGAGCUCUCUUGUAAUGUUUGACAUAUUGUUGUUUUGCUGUCAAAAAGAAUUCUUUUGUCAAAACGCUUGCAACAAAAUACAUGAUUUAGCCCAUUUUAACUUUUUCACCUGGGCUUAUUGUAAUGUUACAAUAUCUUUGUAUAGUAAAUCAUGCAAUAUACCAAUUACCUUCUACA